AUGCGCCGGGAGGAAGAAGAUGGGUGCGACGAAGAACCGCGACCCAAGUGCCGCCGUACGGUUCGGCCGAGAGCGGACGACCGCGCUCUGCCUUGGGCAAGGAUGCUUGAGAAGGCCGACCUAUUGCAGGACCCGUCGACGAGAGAGGCAAAGCAGUUUCGGCGAAGGUUCCGCGUACCCUACCCUUUCUUCCUGUCCCUUGUGGACGGAGUGAAGGCGGGGAAGUGGCCUGGAUUCACGACGAACGAAUUCGAGCUUGGCGGGAGAGGCACCAGGCGCUGCAUCCCCGUGGAAAUAGAUGUGCUGCGCAUACUGGGCAGAGGAAACUAUUUCGACGAUGUCUCGGAGGUCACCGGCAUGGGCGAGGCCACGGUGAACCAACUGUUCCACAAGUUCACAGGAAGAUUCGCGCGUGAGUUUUUUCCGGUAUGGGUGAGGAUGCCGAACGAAGACGAGCUGAAGGAGAUCAUGAAAACCUAUGACGAGGUUGGAAUGACGGGCGCCAUGGGAUCGAUGGAUGGGACGCAUCUUCAGUGGACGGUGUGUCCUUAUUCGGAACGCUCGUCGCACGUUGGCAAGGAAGGCUACGCUACCCUCGUGUACAAUGUUGCCGUCAGCCACGACAUGCGUGUUUUGUCGUGUACGCGGGGCUUCCCCGGCGCCCAGAACGACAAGACCAUCGUCAAGUUCGACAAGUUCGCGACGGAGGUUCGAAACGGCUGGUACAAGGACGUAGAGUACACUCUGAAGGGCGAGGACGGAGGGGACAUCAAAGAGAAAGGGCCAUGGUUGAUCGUGGGCGGCGGAUAUCACAACUGGAAGCAGCUCCAGAGUCCGAUCAGGGUGCCAUCAACCAAGGCCGAGUCGGGGUUCAAGAGACAGCUCGAGGGCGUCCGCAAGGACUCGGAGUGCUGCUUCGGCGUCGUCAAGGGUCGGUUCAGGAUCUGCAAGAUGCAGUUCCUCUACAGGAAGAAAGAGAGGAUCGACAACACCUUCUUCACGUGCAUGAUACUGCACAACAUGCUUCUCGCCUACGACGGGAUCGAGCUCUUGGAGCCGUACUGCGACUGGGCCGGAGCGGACGGCGACCUCGACGAAGACAUCGUGCACCCUGACGUGCGGAUGAGUGCGCCGGCCGUUGGUGACCACCUUCGCUUACCGAUGGGGACAGGGGACCGUUGGGUGGAAGAGGUCGUGAUGAGCGUUGAGAAGUCACAUGCUGCUACGUUGACGGCGGGGAGGUAGGGGGGGGGGGCGUCGGCUGCAAUUAGUGGCAUUUUGGAAUCAAUCCCCCUGUUGAAGACUACAUCCCUCUCCGGCGUUAGCAUCGUCAUGUUUCGUUUUUGGUUCUUGUUACCAAGUGUCGCCUUUGCCUUUGCCUUUGCCCUUGCCUGGCCUUCUUUACACUUUGCCGUGUUGUUGUAUCAUUGUCGUAUGUGGUCUACUGUAUGAAAUCGUGUCUGGCCUGUUUCUGAUUCCCUUCGAGUAAUCCAUACAACUGUCUGCGCAUUGGCAUCAGAUUUGGCCUCUGUGUCUCGGUGUAUUAUUUAUCCUUUCUCGGUCCAUCUUUGCGCCUUUUUUGUUGAGGGGGGGUGGGACAGCCUCGAGGCUAGGCGGAGUUUCCUUCGCUCUGCUGGCGGAAGACUGUUUGUUUAGCUUGUUUUUCGCAGCAUUAUGUUUUUGGGUCGGAGUGGUUUGCUUUGUGUUCCCAUGGCCUGACGCGUGCGUAUGUACGUUACAUUUGUUUACGGUACAACAUAUUUUUUGUUUUUGUUAAGUUUUUGCGGCGUCGGGUGUACCCAAAUAUGUGACCACAGGCUCCUAUGGUUGUUUUGGAAAAGAGAGCUACAGAUUAGUAAUUGUGAAGUGAGGACACAGGCUUCUGUCAGGGACAGGGGCCGUUGUCGCCGCAUUUUAAACCCACUGCCAAGGGCUGCUAGGGUUGAGGAAUGUAGCGAGAGGAACUAGAUAAAGGAAGAGU